AUGUCGCAGCGAAGCGAUCGCGCAUAUUAUGACUCACUGUCAUCGGCGUCACGAAAGUCACUGGCCUUCCAAGGUGGUCCUUUUGAAGGUAGUGAGCUGCAGGAGUUUGAAAAACACCCACUUCGAGAUGAAAUGGUGGCUCUGCGGCUAUGGGAUGAUGGAGCGAAGUUGGUUGGAGUGGAAUUCAUUACUCCGCGUGCACGCUCGUACUUGGACAUGAUUGCUUCCCACUUAUCCCAGCAAGCUACUGUGCGAGGCUAA